CUUUUCGCAUCCACACCGCUUCACCACCUCCGCAGCCAGCUCUUUGUCCUCCAAUUCAUUCACCAAACAAUCCGAGUCCUGCGUAAAAUCAGGUCCCUGGACUUGAGUCUUUUGUUUUUUGGCGGAGCGACCUCUCCUCUCCACUUCGCGUGCGCUCGCUAUCUCAGAUACCCGCAGCCAUGCCCGAGCUCACAGCAAACGACCUCUUCAGCAAGGAUCUCUCCUUCAGAUCGCCUCAUCCACGCCUACUCGCCAACCCCGCCGUCCGCAGCGGCAGCACCGGCGCCGGCACCGGCACCGCCAAUGGCUCUACAACCCCACUCUCGGCCCCAUCACGCGCUUCCCGCGGCCCAUCCUCGUCCUCCUCUUUUGCCUCGAGACCCCCCGCCCCAAGAUUCUCCCUCCCGUCUUCUUCCUCGUCGUCAGCUUCUCCCGGUAUCUUGCGCGCAAGUCCAAAGUUUACCGCGCAGGCAAAGGCGAAUGGCAACAUCAUCGCGCCGAGUGCGAAAAGAGUGGGGAUGGGUGCGAACGAGGAUCUUCAGAAACUGUUUUACCAGAGUCCGAUGCCUCGCUUUAGAGUGAAACUCCCAAGCUCUGCGUCACCGUUCCAACAGCCUACGCCAGCACCAACAUCGUCAACAAAUACACCCGCAACUAAGAGCACGAAUGUAACCAGCAGCGACCGCGCUACGCCACCUAAACCGAUGAAAUCGCCGCUGCGAGUGGUCGAGAAACUUGCGAAGGCUGUCGAAGUAGACUCGGGAAAUGAAACAGACCAAGACAGCGACGAUGUCGCAGAAGAGAAGCACUCACUGAAGCGCGUUAGAAAGAAAGAAGAGGUGCGAGCACAGCGACAACCCUCUCACACAUCACCAGCGCUCUCGACAGAGCCGCAAAAAGCCUCUUCUUUGUUCUCAGCGUCGUCACUUCUUCAGUCUCUCUUCCGUCCAGGAUCAUCAGCUUCAGAUACAUCUUCCACACCUGAGCCUUCGAAGAACUCCCUUCCCUCCCGCUCAGUCACGCCCGACGCAGAAAGCACAAAGACUACAUCCACCGGCCGCCCGCAAACGCCGGAAAGGAGCACCAGCAGCAGCCAAUCCAGACCCAACGCCUCGCCGUCAUCUCAGCCGCCGCACUCUUCAUCCCGCCGCAUCGUCAAACGGCGGGCAGACUCGGUCCAGCACACGAGCACUAAGACGCGGAUAAUAUCAACAGUCAAACCGAGCACUGUGGGUUCGGGAGAAAGCUCAGAUCGUGCUGAAGGACGGCAUUCGACGCCGGUGUCGAUCGUUCGCGUGUACGAGGCUGAUGCAGGUGAUUCUCCAAACGCGGGAUCAAAGGCCGCGCGAGCACCGAGUGCGUCCAAACCAGCUACCUCAUCAUCAUCAUCAUCAUCAUCAUCGUCAGCAGCAGCAGCAGUAGCAGCCCCUACAACGUCACGAGUUACCCCCGCACCAGAAAGUCCGGCCAAGCAAAGCCGCAAAACCCCGCCGUCAUCCCCGCGAGCCCGCCCCCGCUCAUCAACUCCCGCUCCCCCGACCCCCAGCAGUUCCUACAAACCCACGCAAUCGCAGAGCACACCCUCGCCAAAACCCUCACAUGUGCGCGCUCAUAAACCGGCGUCGACAGUUCUCCAGCAGCAGCAGCAGCAGCAGCCGGAGAAGGUGCGGCGCUCGGGACGGAGGAGAAUCGAGCCGUUGCAGUACUGGCGCAACGAGAGGAUCGUGUAUACCCUUGUUCAUGACGAGGACGGCGACGUUGUACCCACGAUUCGGCAGAUUAUUCGCGCGUCCGAAGGUGACUCGGGUGAAGGCCGAGGAGGUGAUUUGAGGAAACGGCGGUGAUUUCUCCAACUCAACUCAAACGACGAGGUUUAUAAUAUCUAAUCGAUCAGGGAACGCUAUUUAGCGUUUGUGUUUCUAUAAUUGUACGAUAGCAAAGAAUGAAUAGUUAA